UAUAAAAAAAAAAAAAAAAAACAAACACAGGAGAGAAGCAUCAGAACCUCAGUCUGAGGUUCCUCUUCUAUUCUUUGCCUCUGUUUAGUGCUUGUUGCUAUUCAGUUUCUGGGAACAACUCUGCUUAUACACAGUCCCUACUUUAUCCAAAAUCUCAUUUCGGCCCCAAACCCCGAGUUUUUGUUAAUGCAGACCCUCUCCUUUUAGGACCAGAGGGUUCUGCUUUGAGAUCUCAAAGAGCUAAACCUAAAUCAAAUUAAAACCCGUCUGAUCUGUUCUAAAUUUCACGCACUGAGAGAGUUUUUCUAAAUCUCUCAAGAUGGGUAUACUGUUUACGAAAAUGUUCUCGUCCCUUUUCGGCAACAAAGAAGCUCGGAUUCUCGUUCUUGGCCUUGACAAUGCCGGAAAGACCACAAUCCUCUAUCGGCUUCAGAUGGGGGAGGUUGUUUCCACGAUUCCAACAAUUGGAUUUAAUGUCGAAACGGUGCAGUAUAAUAACAUCAAAUUCCAAGUAUGGGAUCUGGGUGGACAGACAAGUAUCAGGCCAUAUUGGAGAUGCUAUUUUCCAAAUACACAAGCCAUAAUUUAUGUCAUCGAUUCAAGUGACACUGAUAGGUUGGUCAUAGCGAAAGAUGAAUUUCAUGCAAUUCUCGAGGAAGAAGAAUUGAGAGGCGCUGUUGUUCUCAUUUUUGCAAACAAGCAGGAUCUUCCUGGUGCACUUGAUGAUGCGGCUGUUACUGAGGCUUUAGAGUUGCACAAGAUAAAAAAUCGCCAAUGGGCUAUUUUCAAAGCUUCUGCAGUAAAGGGAGAAGGUCUCUUUGAGGGCUUGGACUGGCCUGGGUUGUGACAACAAAAAUUAGGAAAUACUUCUUGGAACAGAAUCUGGAAAUGCCCAUGAAAUCAUCCUAUAAUGGUGGGCGCACCACUUGUCGUUUGGCCUUAAUUGUCUAGUAGAUAGCUUUUGCCUUCUGUUUCUUCCAAUCGGGAGAGGUUGCGCAUUGCCGAAAUCAAUCUUGAAUCUAAUGGGAGGUGGAUUUGGGACCGACUUUUGCGUUCGACAAGUGCACUAUCAUUUGUGCAGCGGGCGGUUUUGAUGGAGAGAAAUUGAGAUGAUUUCAGCACUUUACAGUCUCCGUUAUCCAAUAAGUUCUUGAGAACCUGUUUUUAUUACCAAGAGUUGCUUAUUGCUCCAUUUCUCUCCUUGGAUAGUUCUCUUUUCUAUAACGUUUAGAGGCUAAGUGAUUACUCCUUGUACUUGGUCCUGCAAUUAUAUUUUUGUUUUAACAUUUGUUUGUAUGUUUUUAUGAUGCUUAUAUAUUUGGAAGUUCAUUUCUGUUUAA